UCGGCUGAGGGCGCUCUAUCGAAAACAUGGCGCUGCCCAUGGCGUUAUGGCGGGAGUGACUGUAGAGUAACAGCUUAGCCUACAUGUGCUCGUCAGUGCUCCCAUCGGCAUCCAAACAUGCCUUCCAGAGCUUCCAAUUCCCCCAUCACCCAAUUCCAGAACUGCCGCAUCCUGUACAAGCAUAAGAUUAUCCGGGAAGACCUGUGGGUGCGAGACGGAAAGAUCCUCAAUCCAGAAUCACUCUUCUUUGUCGAGAAAGGCUACGCAGACUACAAGCUCGACUGUAACAACUGCAUCAUAAGCCCUGGCUUUAUAGAUGCUCAAAUAAAUGGUGCCUUUGGUGUAGACUUCUCCUCAGACCCAGAUUCUCUUGCCGAAGGCCUGCAGAGAGUCUCCAAGAAACUCCUUGCUCACGGUGUGACCUCCUACUGCCCUACAAUCAUUACAUCCAGCCCAGAGACGUAUAGGCAGAUUCUUCCCCAAAUAAGGAGAACGAAUGGAAGUCAUAACGGUGCUGGCAUCCUAGGGAUUCAUGUGGAAGGGCCAUUCAUCAGUAAAGACAAGCCCGGAGCCCACCCGGUGGACCUGAUCCACGACUGCAGCCAGCCGAGCGGCUUCCAGCAGUUCCUGGAGGUCUACCACUCACUGGACAAUGUCGCCAUCCUGACUCUUGCCCCAGAAUCUUGCCAGUCUUCAGAUGUAGUGACGAGGCUCACGAGAGAAGGAAUAGUCGUUUCACUCGGUCACUCUGUAGCCAAUCUCCCUCAGGCCGAAGAUGCUGUUAGAAACGGUGCUUCUUUUAUCACGCAUCUAUUCAAUGCAAUGCUGCCUUUUCACCAUCGUGACCCUGGUAUUGUCGGUCUACUCACCAGUGAUCAGAUCCCGCCAGGCCAGACAGUGUUCUAUGGCAUGAUAGCUGACGGCAUACACACCAAUCCUGCUGCACUGAGGAUUGCAUAUAGGGCACAUCCUAAAGGUAUUGUGUUGGUAACCGAUGCCAUAGCGGCUACCGGUCUGCCGAGCGGCAUACAUCAACUGGGGAGUGUGACGGUGCAAGUUGAUGAUGACAGGGCCUACGUAGCGGGCACACAAACAUUGAGUGGAAGCAUAGCCACAAUGGACAGCUGUGUACGCCACUUCAAGCAAGCUACAGGCUGCAGCACCGUGCAAGCCUUAGAAGCCGCAAGCCUGCAUCCAGCACAGCUCCUCAAGAUAGAUCACAUCAAAGGAACCCUGGACUACGGGACAGAGGCAGAUCUUGUUUUUCUGGAUGACGAUUUGAACGUUAAGAGGACCUACAUAGGAGGCAAGAUGGUGUGGGAAAGUGCUAGUAUCCCAACAGAGCAACUGACAAGCAGGCCGUACCUAUAAUCAUGGAUUUCAAAUCAAGACAAAACUGCAAAAUUAAAGUGACCGGGUUCACUAUUUUAACAGUAUUAUGCUCGAUAUUGAUUGGACCAACUUUUUAAUAUAUUGUUUGAAUCUCCACGAUAAAAGUCUUCUAAAUUUCAUUGCGGUCUCUCCGAAGGAUCCGUCCGUCCCAAAUAUUGCCAUAAUCACAAGCUUCAGGCCAGUUUAUCAGAAGAAACUUCCAAUCCAUUUUUAAGGGUUUGUGAAAGAUUUAAUGUGCGAAGUCAAGAUCCUGUUGAAAGAAAGCUCCAAGGAUAGCUUAUAAGGAAUCGGAAAACAUUUAAAUGCAGAUUAAAUCAGGGGUGUGAAAUUUCAGCUUUAAAGCUAAUUUCAGCUUUUUUUGUUUUGGAUUUCAGCUUUUUUCUCUCACU